AUGGCUGCUGAGGGAGUGACGAGCGCAGUGAAUGACUUGAUGAAAGAGGCGGUGCUGGCAGCAGUGAGAGAGGAGCUGGCUGCACACAAGGAGGAGGUGGAUGAGCUGCGGCACAUGCUGGCAUCAGUGAAGGGGGAGUUGGCAGUGGUUAAAGGGGAGUUGGUACUGGUGAAGGGGGAAUUGGCAGUGGUGAAGGGGGAAUUGGCAGUGGUGAAGGGGGAAUUGACAGUGGUGAAGGGGGAAUUGGCGGAACACGAGGACGCUAUGGCGGAGAGAUUGGCUGAGAGCAGUAGGGCAUCGGAUGCGAGAUGCUUGAGAGGGAACAGCAGAAAGAGAAAGCAAGAAACCACAGCGGAUUUCGCACGGGAGGAGGAUGAAAGGAGGAGGGAGGUGCAGGAGGUGGAGGAACUGGUGGCCUUUAAGGAAGGGCAGAUGAUACGAAACCUGGAGCUGAAUGUUGCGCUGCACAUCAAGCAGAGUGAAGGUGAUCAAAAGAUGGCAUGGAAGGUGAGUGUUGGAUAG